AUGAAGGUCAACGCUCUCCUCGCCGCCACCGUCCUCACCGGCUCCGUCUCGGGCCUGGCCAUCCGCCAGACGACCCCCGUCUGGCAGACCCUCCCCGCCACCCCGGAGCUCCCCACCCCCAUCAGCACGGAGAAGACGCCGAUCAACGGCAUCCAGAUGUGGUUCCAAAAGUACAACGAAAAGGCCGGCGGCGUGCCCAUCGUCAUGGACCACGGCGGCCUGGGCUACUCGGCCUACUUCGGCUCCGUCAUCACCCGCCUCGUGGACGCAGGCCACUACGUCAUCGCCGUCGACCGCCGCGGCCACGGCCGCUCGACCUUCAACUCGGCCGACGUCUUCACCUACGACCAGAUGGCCAACGACAUCCACGCGCUCCUCGAGGGCGCGGGCGUGACCUCGUACAACGUGGUGGGGUGGUCCGACGGCGGCAUCACGACGCUCGCGGCGCUCAUCAACUCCACGACGACCAAGCCCAUCAACAAGGCCUUCGUCUUCGGCGCCUCGGCCAAGCCCGACCAGACCAACGCCACCUUCACCGACACCAAGAUCUACAGCGAGUUCGUCUCGCGCUGCGCGACCGAGUACGCGACGCUCCAGCCGGGCGCCAACUUCACCGAGUUCGGGACCAAGGUCGCGACCAUGGAGGGCACGCUGCCGCAGUUCACCGCGGCGGAGCUGGCCGGAAUCGACGGCGCGAAAGUCAUGAUCGCCGGCGCGGAGCACGAGGAGGCCGUCAACCUGGACGUGCCGGGUAUCCUGAACAAGGCCAUCCCGGGCAGCAAGAUGACCAUCCUGACGGGUGUGAGCCACUUCGCGCCUCUGCAGGACCCCGACCAGUUCACCAAGGCCGUCGAGGACUUCUUCAAGGCAUGA